AUGUCCUUCUUAACAAAGAGAGGCGUAUUCCUUUUGGUUUACUGCUGUCUCAUCAUCGAAGACUCUGGAGGAGUCGAAAGGGGCAAAAUUGAAAUGCAUCAGGUCGGAGAAAAUGGUUUUCAUUGCCAAUAUGUGCCAUUUAGUAGCAGAUUCUCCGGUCAUAUGCCUAUUCGAGUGUUCGUUACUGCUAACCACGGCCACAGUUCAUCCAUCGUUCACGAUUUUGCGUUUAUUUGGGUGGAAGACGUGACGACAACCCAUUUCAAGGCUUGCUUAGUACAAGGUGGUCAAGAUUAUGGGGGAAAUACGACUAUCGAUUGGUUUGCAUUCCAGGGCCAUCAGGCUGGAGUUUAUCAUGGUGAAACUGGCAUCGAUCCAUUUACUACGGAGAAAAAAUGCAACCUGGUUACAUUUCCCCGGGCAUUUUCAUUGGUGCCCCAAGUUCACGUGACAGCUAUUCAUAAUACUCCAAACCAAAGGAAAGACGCAACAAUUGUGUGGUUAGAAAGCAUAUCCACGAGUCAAUUUGAAGUCUGUUUAAAGGAAUCAAGGAAAUUCGAAGGACUUCAUAGAAACUUAACGGUGAACUGGAUGGCAUAUGAAUAUAAUCACCCGUCGUCAUGGCGAGAAAAACUGUCAGCACAAGUCAUGUUUUUUGAGGAUGAAGUACCGACUGAAGAAACAAACUACGCGCUGUGCAAGAUUGAGCGCUUUCCGACUUCGUUUUACACACCACCAGUUGUACUCUCAACUGCUUGUGGUAAUGAGCGUCAGAGAAGCGACGACAACAGCAUGUGCUCGAUGAGAAAAUCGAUUAUUGUUUGGUUAGAGGAAGUUACCAACCAUCACUUUCGAGUGUGCACCAAAGAUGACUCGGGCUUUAACGUUCAGAGAAACAACAUUACUGUAAACUACUUGGCUUUAGGAGAUAUUAACCCGUGCACAAAUAAGAGCUGCGACUACUUCGCGCACUGUGUUCCCCUGUCAUCGCAUCAAUUUACAUGCGUUUGUAACAGCAGCUGCCCACCGUACGAAGAACAAGUCUGUGCUUCUAAUGGCCGGACGUUCAGGAAUCUAUGCACGCUGAAAAAAGAGAUAUGUGAAACAAAAGCGAAUUAUACUGUCUAUCAUCCCGGGAGCUGCACAGGUUUUCCGUACCAGAAAGGAAGGCACCAGUUCCAAAAUGUUCCUUCCUGGGCAGAAGAUCAAUGUGACAUUAUCAAAUUUGAGCAAUUUGUGUUUUACCCCCACAGCAAAAUAUACAUUCAACUCACCGUUAACCACUUUAAUUAUUCUAAUAACACGUUUGUUCACGAAGCCACUAUAUCUUGGGUUGAGAACUUAAAUACCACCCAGUUUACAGCCUGUGUUACUCGCGCUGGUAGGAAUGACAAUCCGUCGAACAGUUUCGCUACAGUAGAUUGGAUUGCUUAUCAAGGUGCCCCGCCUGGUGGAAUAACGGGAGAAGAGAAGUUCUCCAGAUGGUGGACUAGAACUACUUGUCAAAGAGUCACUCUUCCUGCGGUGAAAUAUUCUGAUCCACCAACGGUUCUUGUAACAGCUCAGCAUUACAGGUCAGGAUUAAUGCACGAUGCUGCAAGUGUUUGGCUUGAAGAUGUUUCAACUAGCUUUUUCAGGAUUUGCCUCACGGAGCUUCAAAACUUUGCUGGAGUUCACGAUGAUAUCUCAGUGCAUUGGCUAGUCUUUCAGCAUUGCCCUAAGCCAUUUUUUAAGGAGCACGGCAGUAUAACCUUCCCCAAUGGCGGUUUACCAUCGGCAGAUCACAACUUCGCUUUUUGUCAGGAGGCAACCCUUAUUAAAAACUAUAGUAAACCACCGACUGUUUUGAUUACAGCAACACACCCCAGAAAUGUAGGAGACACUGCCGCAGAAUGCAAUGGAAUUGCUAACUGGAUUGAGUUCAUUACCGAGUCAAGCAUACGAGUUUGUGUUAAGGAACUGUUUGUUCAAGGCUUUGAUCCACUGGUUGUAUCAUAUGCUGUGUUGACAGACAUUUGCGAAGAUGACUGGAUCUAUAACAAUGGGUAUUGCUACCGGAAAGUCUCCUCUUGCGAUUCUUGGAGUGAUAGCCAAAGAACAUGCGCUUCGUUAGCAGCCAAUCUCCCAAGUAUCCACAGCCAUGAGGAAAAUGUGUUUGUGCAAAGUCUACAUGGCAGUCGUCAUUCGUGGUUGGGCCUUUCGGACAUCAACGACGAAGGUUCAUUCGUGUGGAGCGAUCGAACUGCUCUAGAUUUCCAUCACUGGGCUGACGGCCAACCGAAUAAUAUUCACAACCAGGACUGUGUUCAUGCUCUUGGCUUUCUCCAUAAGUUCCAAUGGAACGAUGUAAAUUGCUUAGAUUGUUAUGGGUUUACAUGCAAGAAAGACUAUGACGAGUGUAGGGACUUUCCAGAUUAUUGUCCAGUGCAUGCGUAUUGUGUCAACAAUUAUGGAUCUUAUUCCUGUGAAUGCCCUGUUGGCUACCGCCUGAGUGGAGACGUCUGUGAAGAUGUCGACGAGUGUCAGUCUGGCUCUUAUGUCUGUCAUGCGCAAGGUCUGUGUGUGAACGUUGUAGGCUCCUAUGAUUGCAGAUGUUUGCCCGGGUAUGCAGGAGAUGCGAUAGUUUCCUGUGAGACAUUGAUCAUGUUUGUAACUCUCAUCGGUUCAGUCGCUGAGCUGCCCGCUGAAACUUGUAAAGAAAUCAAAGCGAGUGAUGGAGAACGUGCCACCAGUGGCAAAUAUUGGUUCGAUUCUUUAUUACCUGGAGAAGUUAUUCAGGCCGAGUGUAACAUGGAGACGGAAGAUAUCGACGAGUGUAGCGCGUCCAAACCCGUUUGUGCUACCAAUGCAACUGGCUGUCAGAACACUGUUGGCUCUUUUAGUUGCUCUUGUGAAGCUGGGUUUGGCGGGAGAUAUUGCAAUGAUAUCGACGAAUGUAAGAGCCAAGUCAAACCUUGUGAUGUAAACGCCGACUGUCAGAACACACGUGGUUCUUAUGUUUGCUCGUGCAAAGCUGGCUUUAAUAGGAAUGGAAAUACUUGCACUGACAUAAAUGAGUGCAGUGCUCUUGGUCCAGUCUGUGACGUCCAUGCCAAAUGCGAGAACAUCAUUGGAUCAUAUCUGUGCUCAUGCAAAUCUGGGUUCUUUGGAAAUGGAAAAACUUGCUCUGAUUACGACGAAUGCAGUGCUUCAGUUGUAGCCUGUGAUCCAUUGGCAUCUUGUCAAAAUACCGCUGGGUCUUUUCUCUGUCUCUGUCAAAGCGGAUACACCGGGGAUGGUAGAACCUGCAUUGAUGUGGACGAGUGUCAGGCGGGCUUACAUUCAUGCCACGCACAAGCACAGUGCGUCAAUGUGAAUGGCUCUUAUAACUGUACGUGUUUAUCUGGAUAUGGGGGAGAUGGUCAGCAGGUUUGCUCAGAUGUGGACGAGUGUCAAGAUGGUUCAUUUUCCUGUCAUGCUCAAGGCCAGUGUGUGAAUUCACAAGGUUCCUAUGAUUGCACAUGUCUACCUGGAUACACCGGGGACGGCGACACAAAGUGUUUAGAUGUGGAUGAGUGUCAAAAGGGGUCCUAUCACUGUCACGAGAUUGCUAACUGUGUAAAUGUGAUUGGCUCGUAUGAUUGUAUGUGCAAACCAGGAUAUGAAGGAGAUGGAAAAAACAUGUGUUCAGUGCAUGGCCAGUCCUUUGUGAGGGCCAUAAGUUUAUGUCCAAACCUUCUGACUGUGGAAUCAUAUGCAAGUGGUAUAAUAUUUUCUAACAUGCAGCAGAAAUACUCGAACGACAUGAAUUGCAACUGGACUAUUUCUUCAAAUGCAAAACUGGAACUUGCAUUUAUAAGAUUCCAAACUGAGUCUGGUUGUGACUUUGUUAAGGUGUUCGAUGGCCUAACAUCUUCCACACUGAUCGGCGAGUAUGAUGGAGACUCUCUGCCUGCAAGCAUUACAACCUCUUCUCACGAGCUCUCUGUUACUUUCACAACUGACGGCUCAGUUGUAAAAUCAAGGUUCUUAGCGAACUAUCAUAUAUCUGGCCAGCCAUUUGCGACUGUUUCGAGUUCAUGUGCAGACAUGUUGACCGUUCGGUCAAGUUCAAGUGGAAUGUUAUUUUCAAACAGAGAUGGUGCCUACGCUAAUGACGUGAAUUGCAGUUGGAGUAUAUCUUCUAGUAAUAAUGUGGAACUAAUAUUUUUCAAAUUCGAUACUGAAGAAAAUUACGACUAUAUCUACGUGUACGAUGGCGCAUCUAUGAUGUCCUCUUUAAUUGGCAAAUACCACGGAAACUCCUUACCAGCGGUCAUCACAAGCUCAUCCAAACAGCUUUACGUCACCUUUAGUAGUGACAAAACAGUUUCAAGUUCUGGGUUUGCGGCAAGUUACCACGCUUAUAACACAAUUCGCCUUGUUGGAGGAAACACGACACUAAUUGGGAGGGUAGAAGUUUACCAUAGCGGCCAGUGGGGAACAAUCUGUGAAGACGGCUGGGACAUCAACGACGCUCAUGUGAUUUGCAGACAGCUUGGCUUCCCUUCAGCCACUCAAGCCUUUUAUAGCGCCACGCAUGGUCAAGGGUCUGGUCAGAUAUGGAUUGAUAAUUUGGACUGCUCAGGAUAUGAGUUACGCAUCGACGAGUGCAAUCAUGAUGGAUGGGGAAAUCAUGAUUGUGGACACAACGAAGACGCCAGUGUAGAAUGCUCCUCCACAAUCCCUUGAUCGGCUUAUAACACAAUUCGCCUUGUUGGAGGAAACACGACACUAACUGGGAGGGUAGAAGUUUACCAUGGCGGCCAAUGGGGAACAAUCUGUGAAGACGGCUGGGACAUCAACGACGCUCAUGUGAUUUGCAGACAGCUGGGCUUUCCUUCAGCCACUCAAGCCUUUCAUGGCGCCAAGCAUGGUCAAGGGUCUGGUCAGAUAUGGAUUGAUAGUCUGGACUGCUCAGGAUAUGAGUUACGCAUCGACGAGUGCAACCAUGAUGGAUGGGGAAAUCAUGAUUGUGGACACAACGAAGACGCCAGUGUAGAAUGAUCCUCCACAAUCCCUUGAUCGGGUUAACGUUAUGGCAAUCACCUGUUUAAUUCACUCACCCUCGAAAGUAACUAAUGGAAGGACAGGGAAGCGGAGUUUUCCAAAAUUCAUGAACUUAUAGUCUUAGCGCUUUCCAUAAAUAGCUAUGGAAAUACCUUCUAAAGAGUCCUAUUUACUCAAAAAUAUUCUUGGCACUUCUCCGUAAAUUCAACUAUUAUUGUUGAGGCGUACCAAUUAACGGAGGUUAUUACAAUAUUUUUUUUUGAAAUGGGAAAUGAAGAUUGGGAUCACUCCGAAGACGCAAGUCUAGAAAGUUCCUCAAUAAUUCAUUGAUCAAUUGAAUUUAAAAAAAAAAUGGGGAGUGUGAAUGAAGUUCAUGGAAGUGCUAAUGAAGGUAUAUUUACCGUAUAGUUUCAACUGUUGACUUAAAUGAAUGUACAUUUUGCGUAAAUGAACAACAAAAGGUGUAUUUUGCUCUUCCAUCAAAUGUUAAAGUUUCAAUUUCACACACAUAAUCGCCAUUACGGGGUUUAACUCAUUUCCUGGUGCUUUUUUCAAGUUUAACACCUGCUAAUCUGCACAUUUCUAAACAAUAUUAGAAUUGAUCUGUAGACAUGUAUAAAAAAGAUUGAAAGGCUCUUAGAGAGUAUGCAAAGCCGCCUUGAAAAAGGUUUAAAAAUCUCUUCUCAUCGAACACCGAAUUAAAUGUUAUAGUGUAUUUGAAUUAAAAAAAUCGACGUCAAUCAAAA